AGUCAUAUCGAUAGGCCUGCACUAAUAACCUCCUGCUAUCGAUUACAGUUGUAUAACCUCCGCUCGCAAAUAUUUUUUACUGGCGACUGCAUCAGCUCGAAAUCCGUGCAAAUAAACCGUAAAAAAUGUCCGGCGAGAAAGGCUUGGGUAAAAUCUUCAAUGGCACCACCAUGAGCGGCCGUGCUAAUGUGGCCAAAGCCACAUACGCAGUCGUUGGCCUGCUGAUCGCCUACCAGGUGCUCAAGCCCAAGAAGAAGUAGAGCUCCUCUCAUCCUCCACAUCCGAAGUUUUGGAUCCUGGGAUCAAAUCUGGAUUCCGGAUCAGUUUAUUUUAUGUGUAGUGCAAGACAUUGAAGGAAUAAAUAAGCAGAGAAUGUAACACACUAAA